ACUUGGAGAAGCAACUUGGGCGUGCCCGUGAGAAUCAUGACGUCACUUCACCUGUGCCUUGCUCUCCACCUCAGGGCCGCCAAGUAUCAGUGCAAUCAAAACUUAAAUAGCCUUCAAAGACUGCGAUUAAAACACAGUGAUGCAUCAGCUGGUAUCACCAGUGGUAUCAAAAGCUCAUGUACUGUGCUGUCUCUUUCAUUUUAGUGCAAGUCUGUCUUACUUUAGUCGGGACAAGAGGCUAAUAAGUUUUUCCUUGCACUCAUCUGGUUUAUACACAGCAUCUGCUCUCACCUCGUCCUUUUCAGUUGACGCUCCUCAGAAGCCAAACCAACCGGACUUCAUUCCUGAAGUCACAUCUUUUCAGUCUCACGGCGUGGCGCAAUCGUUCACCUUCACAAAACACAGCUGAAUACCAGCUCCAGCUCCAAAGAUAGCUGCAUUACGCAUGUUGGGCCCUUCUUUAUUUCUGCUCACAGCCCGCAGAGUUCUGGCUUCGUGAAUACUUCAGGAUGGAGCUGUGGCACCACGUCCCUCCUACAUUACAGGAAAACGUCUGAGGAAGAUCAGAGUCAAACAGGUCAGCCCACCUUAAAGAGUCUUCUUCACCAAUGUGUGUUCAAAGAGGGAAGAUAACCUAAGAGAGAAAAUCAUCUUGACAACCGCAGCCUACACUUUGUGUUCUCCAGCCCAACCAUGAGGGACAGACUGAGCCACCUGCAGGAAAUGUCCAACGGCCACGUGGAGCCGAUGGAGUACGCAGAGUCCACUGUCUCUGAACCCUACAGCAAUGUGGACCUGGAGGAGGAGCUGUCCCAUGAGGCGGUCGUGUUCGACAACAGCCCUGCGCUAGAAGACGUUUUUUCCAAGUCGCAGGAGGUCCAAAGAGAGAUCCAACUCAUCCGCCUCGAUGUCAAAAAGCUUCGGGAACAGAACUCUCGAAUGACCCAGGGCGUCACCACCAUGAGCACAAUCAAAAGGGACUCUAACGCUAUCGGUGCUGACAUAAAAUCUCGGGCGGAGGGGGUGCUGACAAGUCUUCAUGAAAUCGAAGGCACAGCCCACAAAUUAGAAGAAGCCCACGGGCCACAUUCUGCCAUCACAAGAAUCGCCAGAACCCAGUACGCCGGCCUCAGCAAUGGUUUGCGCAACGCUAUGUUUGACUAUAAUGAGGUUGAGAUGAGCCAUCGAGACAACUGUAAAGCCCAGAUCCAGAGGCAGAUGGAGAUAGUGGGGCGGGAGGUGACGGGAGAGGAGGUGGAGGAGAUGAUUGAAAAAGGACAGUGGAACAUCUUCAACGACAACAUCGUGUCUGAGGGGAAGACGGCUCGGUCCGCUCUGUCCCAGAUUGAGAAACGUCACCAGGAGCUGUUGGAUCUGGAGAGCCGUAUCCAAGGCAUUCAUGAGAUUUUCCUGGACGUUGCUAUGCUGGUGGAGGAGCAGGGCCCCAUGAUUACCUCCAUCCAAACCAAUGUACAGAAAACAGAUGAAGGCAUACAGGACGCCCUCGUCAAGCUCCGCAAGGCCAAACGUCAUGACAGUAACAACCCCUUUAAGAAGAUGUUCUGCAGCUGCUUCCCGUGCUAUGAGUAAUCACUAAAGAGAACACAUGAGAAGAGGGAAGGGAAAAUAUGGAAUGUUUUCCAAACAAAGAGAAGAGGGAAAUAUAAAGAAAAUAAAAACGCUCUUCUUUUUAUUUUCAAAUAUUCAUUAACAUUUUCCUGUAGAACUAUUGCUUAAUAAGGUUGGUCCAAGAAGUCAGGAUCCUUUUUGAUAGAAAACUAAAAACUACUCACACUUUUCAAAAUAACACGAUACAAAGACUGUCUGACGUGUUUUCAUACAACAAGAAAAUAAAACACAACAACAUAUGUUUAUGUUUUUCAAAAAUGUUCUGCGUGCAAUGAUAAGAAAUUAUGUGACAAACAAAACCCAACCGACAUUCUGAUGCCCUUGAUGUACAGCUGAGAGUCAAUGUUUUAGACAUGGUACAUUGUGUUGUUCUUCAGUAAAGUGUAAAUAUUUUCUCCUCUUUUGUGCAUAUAAAUCAGAAUAUCUUUGUGUGAAUGUACUUCCAUUCUGUGUUGACUGACGUGGACACUUUAAAACCCCUCACUGUAUCUAAUUUCUCAGAAGGGACAGUAGUUUUUACAAAGUUUCAUUCAGGGGGAGUGUCUGGAGUUGUUUUUUUUAACUUGGGUGGCCAUAAUCGGGUGCUGAUAUAGGCAGGGGUGGCCUAGAUAUCUGCACACUCACAAUAGUAUUUACUCUCUCUUUCUGUACUAUGUGUGUAUGGGACUCAAGUAUCAAACAUUUGUUAUAUUCCUGUGUAUGAUGUUUUCACUUUAAAAAGAAACCCAAGGGGUGCAGAUUUACCCUGAUGGUUAAGUCACUGGCCCAUACAGCAGCAGCCAGGGUUUCAUUCCAACCUGGGGCAUGUCCAGAACUUUUUGACUGGGCUGGCCCGACUGAGGCUCUCACAUAGACAGGAGUGGCCAGUGCAUUUACACAUAAAUAAGAUUGACCCCUUCUGUCUUCACAUCCUACUUUCAUUAAAAUAUUAAACAGUU